UCUCAUCUUGUAUACCCUUUGACGUGAUUUCUCCCUUUCCUUAGUUGCUUGAAGCUCACAAAAUUCACUUUCCUUUGCAUUUCAACAUUCUCCGGUUAAGAAAGAAGUACUUGAGGUGACUGCAAUUUUGAAUGUUCUGAGGCGCAUUGUAGUCGCUAGUAGUUAAUUUUUUCAGCCGUUAUAUUUUUUCUUUCAGCCCUUUUGGCUGGCAAACAUUUAUGUGGGGUUAAAUGUUAUACUUCGUUUGCUUUUCUCAUUGUUAUGAACAGUUGAGGAUGAGCUUUCGUUAAUUUCCUACUUUUUUGUGUCUAUUUAUUUGCAUCGAUCGAGGUGGAUUUGAGGGCGUUGAGGGUUAGCUUGGGUUGGUAUCUGAACUUUAGCUUAUGGAAUACUCGAGACAUCAGUAUUUCCAUUUCCUCCCCUGAAAUUUUUGAUUCAAGUUUCACCUUAAUCUGCAGUCAGGGGUUUAUAAUCGCUUCUUCUAUAAAUAUGAACGUGGAAGAUUUGUCCACAAUUUUUUUUUUCUUUUUAUUUUUGUCCAGUUAAUUUUUUUGUUUUUUGUAUAUAUAAAUUACCCCUUUGGUGCUUAUCUUUUUUUUUUUUUCUUUUUUAUUUUCCAAACGGCAACCAAAAGUCUUUGGUGCUUAUCAGAAUCCGUGAUUUUGCUGCGUGUUCAAUUAUUCUAAGAUUUUUAAUCAGUUGGGGAAGAAUCUGUGAUAGAAGGAUUAUGGAUGUGAAGUAUUGGCAAAAUCGAAAAUGGCUCAUUCUCAAAACCACAAUAAAAAGCAUCAACCACAACAUUCAUCAAAAACACCUUCAGUUGGUUCAGACAACAAGAAGCAGACAGGAAGGCAAGCUAAAGGGAAAACCCCACAUCCUCAUGUCUCAAAACCACUCCCUUCAAAUUGGGAUAGAUAUGGUGAAAAUCUUGGUUUGGAUUCUGAAGAAGCCCUGACUAGCUCCAGUCAGCCGACCGAGUUUGUAUUGCCAAAAAGUAAAGGUGCAGAUUAUGCUCACUUAAUUUCGGAGGCAAAAGAUCAAUCUAGUUCAAGUCGGUUUAUGGAUGUUUCUCAUUUGUUUGGUGAUGUUAUUACUGACUUUACUCAGGAUUUUGGUCCAAUGCUUAUUUCGGCCAAGGGGCAAAGCUUGCUUUCAUGGGCUGAAGAUGACGAUUUCGAGUUUGAAGGGAAAACAAGCACCAGUUUUGAGGCACCUUUUCUUUCGCUUGAUCUGAAAGCACUUUCUGAACAACUUGCAAAGGCAAAGCUGUCAGAGAGGUGUUUUCUAGAGCCAGAUCUAUUUCCUUCGGAGCUGUUGGACGAGUUACAAGCAUACGAUGAAGACAAAUACGAUCCUAAAACUCGUACAUCUUCAACUGAAACAAAAUCCAGAUUCUCAUCUUCUCUCCAUAACCAAGAAUUUCGUCAAAAGCAUGGACCUUUAUCCUCCACCAUUACAUUGGCCAGAGAUCAUCAUCCUGUUCAAACCCCUGCACGAGUAUUGGAACCUUUGAAGCAAGAAAACAUUGGAAUCUUGCAGUCACAAGAUACAGCGAGGAGCAUUUCACGAGAAUCUGUUACAGAGGAGAUAUUUGUUUCCACUGCUAAAAGCCCGUCGAUAUUUGAGGCGGUAAGUGCAGAAGCAGAACUAGACAUGCUUUUAAGCUCUUUAGGGGAAACUAAGAUUGUUGAAUCAAAAGGUGGAAAUGUGAAUAAUCAUGAGCAUGCAGUGAAAUCGGCUAAUAUUGAUGAUGAUAUUGAUAAACUGCUUGAGGAGACAUCUUAUUUGACGAUUUUAGAUGGUGGACGGGGGUCAAAUGAGGUAAGUGCAAUCGCUGAUGCUAGAUCUUCCGCCUUGAAUGCCGACUCUAAGUCUAAACUUUUGGACGAUUUUGAUUCGUGGUUGGAUACAAUUUGAUUUUUCUGUGUAGAUGAUUUUGAUAAUGGUUAGAUACGUGAUCUUACUGUUGCUAGCUUGUUGUGAUGAUGUGAUAUGGGUUAUUGGUUAAUUUGUUAACCCCUGACAUUGUAAGUGUUGAUUUCUGUAAACUCUGUUGCACUUAAAUGUGUUGUAGUUUAGAACAGUGCUGAUGGGAAAAAAAAUGCUUUUUUUGUGAAACUUUAGAGUAUGUCUUGGGAGCAUUUCUAAUGCAUUGGUCUAUCAAGUAGAAUGACCGAUAACG